AUGAGUCUAACUAUACAAGAUGUACUAUUUAGGUACCAAAGAAUUAAGGAGCAGCAGCAGCAGCAGCAGCAGCAACAGCAGCAGCAGCAGCAGCAGCAGCAGCAGCAGCAGCAGCUGAGGUCCUUUUGGGUACCUGGAUUUGAUUAUGCAGGCUUAGGAUUUCAAUUAUUAAUAGAGAGACACUUUUAUACAAAGAGACAAAGGAGACAAUUGUCUCCUUAUAGCAGCAGCAGCAGCAGCAGCAGCAACAGCAGCAGCAGCAGCAGCAGUGACUGCUGCAGCAACUGUCUCCGCUCUCUUGUUAGCAAUGCAUUCCUUCAAGGGAGAGGGCUGCAGCUGCUAGAUGAGCAGCAGAUGCUGUACCUACAGCAGCAGAAGCAGCAGCAGCAGCAGCAGCAGCAGCAAGAGACGCAGCAGCAGCAGUCGCUUGCUAGUUGCCAAGGCCCUCAGCUGCCCCACAGUGUAUCCGACAAGGAAAGCAGCAGCAGCAGCAACUGCAGCAGCGGCAGCAGCAGCAGCAGCGAUGUAUUGAAUAGCUGCAGCAACAAGUGCAGCAAGAAGGAUUGUUUGCAGUUUUUGCUGCUGCUGCAGCGUUGGCUGCAUGCAUGCAGCAACCGUAUAAUAGAGCAGCAGCAAGAUUUAGGUAUUGGCUGCUGGCAUGCAGGCAGCAGCAGCACGGUGUCUCCUGCUGCUGUUGCUGCAGCACGUGCUGCAUUCGUGCUGCUGCAGCAAAAGGGACUCAUAAGGAGACAGCUAGCUGUGCUGCAGACACUAAGAGGAAGAAAAGGAGACACAUACCCAACAGUUGUUGUCCCUAAUGAGCUCUGGCUGCUACCACAGCAGCAGCAACAGCAGCAGCAGCAGCAGCAACAGCAGCAGCAGCAGCAGCAGCAGGGCCAGGACGAAUUAUUAACUUCUUUGCUGCGAGACGGAAAAUGGGAAGGAGGAUUAUUCUUAGAGGUACCCCUCGCCUCCAACUCCAGCAGCAGCAGCAGCAGCAGCAGCAGCAGCAGCAACAGCAACAGCAGCAGAAGCAGCAGCGGUGGUGCUGCACAAGAAGCGCAGCGGCUGCUGCUGCCUGUGGGGUCGCUGCGUGAUUUGCUGCACUCUGCUGCUGUUGUUGUUGAUGAUGCAGCUGUCUACCAGAAGCUGCAACAGCAGCAGCAGCAGCAGCAGCAGCAACAGCAGCAGCAGCAGCAGAAGACGAUGGCUGUCCUCCCGCUGCUGCAGCGCAAAGUCCCCUUGCUGCUGCAGGAGAGAGGGGAGAAGAGACACCCGCAUGUUACUGCAGCAAGCCAGUAUAUUUCUAGCAGCGCAUGCAGCAGCAGCAACAGCAGCAGCAGCAACAGCAGCAGCAGCAACAGCAGCAGCAGCAACAGCAGCAAUCUAGUUCCUGGUUUUGCUGCCUUAGAGUGGGAAGCAACACCAGGAGCAGCAAAGCUGCCUGCAUGCAUCGAAGCAGCAUUGCGUGUUGCUGCUGCUGGACAGCAGCAGCAGCAGCAGCAGCAGCAAGAUAAGCAGCAGCAUCAAGACCAACAAGACAACAAGAACGGGGAGCAGCAACUGCAGCAGGAGGAGCAGAAAGAGGAGCAGCAGGAGCAGCAGGAAGCAGCAAGAGAGAGGGCAAUAAUAGCAGUGUUGCUGCUGUGUGGUGAGCUGCCUAUACACCUGAGCAGAGAGCAGCAAAAGUGUCUCCUUUGCUGCCUAAGGAAAAAGGAGACAGUUACUCGUAUAAAGGACCAAUGGUUCUUUGCUGCAGAUACAGCAGCACAACAAGUUAUUCAGCUACUCAGCCCCCAAGCAGCACAGCAGCAACAGCAGCAGCAGCAGCAGCAGCAGCAGCAGCAGCAGCAGGAGGUGUCUCUGCCUGUCUUGGAGGGUCUACAGAGGUCAUCAGAUGCAGCAUCUAGCAGCAAACAAGACAGCAGCAUCAGCAGCAGCAACAGCAGCAGCAGCAGCAGCAGCAGCAGCAGCAGCAAAGAGGAGAAGAAGAGUAUGGAGGUCCUACCUGCUCGUUAUUUACCUGAUUUGCUGCAGCAACUGCAGCAAAUGCCUCCCUGGUGUAUCAGCAGACAGGCAUGGUGGGGUGUACCUAUACCUGCUUAUUUUAUACGUAUUAAGCAGCAGCAGCAGCAGCAGCAGCAGCAGGUGCAGCAGCAGCAGGAGCAGGGGCAGGGGAAACAACAGCAGCAGGGGCAGCAGCAGCAACAACAGCAGCAGGAGGGGGAGGUGCCUCUUUGUCAGCGAAUAAUAGCAGCAGCAAGAGCACUAGACAGCAGCAAAGAGUUGCUGCAGCAGCAGCAGCAGCAGCAGCAAGGAGACACAAAAGUGUCUCCUUAUUUAAUAAAACAUAUACAACAUGCAUACUCUGUUGCUCUCAAGGAAGUGCAGCAGCAGCAGCAGCAGCAGCAGCAACAGCAACAGCAACAGCAGCAAAAGGGGCCAAAGGAGAAGCAAGGAAAUGGAGAUGUGCUGCCUCCUCUUCCUUCCUGCUGCUGCA